AUGGGUUGCUUCGGAAGCAAAGACAAACUAUCAAAAGAGGAUAUGGAUUUUCUUAAAUCUCACACGAGAUACGAUGAAGCAACCAUCAAAGAAUGGUACAAAGGUUUCAAGCAAGAUUGUCCAAAUGGCAGAUUGACUCCGGCCAAAUUCGUCGACAUGUAUAAAAUGUUUUUCCCAAGCGGAAACGCCGAAGAAUUCUGUGAUCACGUUUUCCGUACAUUUGAUAUGGAUAAAAACGGAUACAUCGAUUUCAAGGAAUUCUUAUUGGCCAUCGAUGUAACCUCGUCGGGAACACCUGAAGAAAAGCUCAAAUGGGCUUUUAGAAUGUAUGACGUAGACGGAAAUGGCGUCAUCGACAUUCAAGAAAUGACCAAAAUAGUUCAGGCUAUUUACGACAUGUUGGGAGCGUGUUCGAGCAAUCGUCCGGCGGAUUCGGCGGAAGAAAGAGCAAAAAAUAUUUUUGCUAAAAUGGACGAAAACAACGAUGGACAAUUGACUCAAGAUGAAUUUCUCAAAGGUUGUUUGCAAGACGAAGAACUCUCGAAAAUGUUGGCACCUUAA